AGAAGACUGUGACACUCGGCUCACACUUCACACUAUCGACACAGUCCUCCUGUUGCUGUGACUGACCGAAGACACAACUGACAGGAGGCCAGGGAUCAGUUAACUGUGGAGGUCUUCCUAAGAUGUUGCCUCAUCACCUCAAGCAGAUAAGAGUCCUCAUGCUCAACGACAAGGAGAAUUUAGAGAGGACCCUGUUCAGACUUGAACAAGGUUUUGAGCUCCAGUUCCGUCUUGGUCCGAGCCUUCAGGGAAGGAGUGUUUUGGUGCACACCAACUAUCCUCUUGAAGGACAGCAGUUUGAGCGAAACAACUUCCGUGUUUUGGCAUGGAGCUACCCAACAGGAAGGGAGGAUGACUCUGAUAAAUACUGCUGUGUGGACCUCAAGAUUGCUGGGUCCUAUCAGUACUACUUUGGAUAUGGAGACACAGAGCGGUCAGCAGGAGGAUACAUUGUGGUCGACCCAGUCCUGCGUGUUGGAGAAGACAAUCACAUCCUCCCGCUAGACUGCAUCACCAUCCAGACCUACCUGUCCAAAUGUCUUGGACACUUGGAUGACUGGCCAGAUCGACUGAGAGUAGCAAAGGAGUCAGGAUACAACAUGAUCCACUUGACCCCUCUGCAGACUCUGGGAGAGUCCAGAUCCUGUUACUCCUUGGCUGACCAGAUGAGCUUGAACCCUGACUUCAGCCCCGAUGGUCAGAGCUACAGUUGGGAGGAUGUGGGAGCGCUGGUGGAGAAGUUACAGAAAGAAUGGGAUAUGCUGUGUAUUACAGAUGUGGUGUAUAAUCACACUGCUGCUAACAGUGUGUGGAUCAAAGAACAUCCAGAAUGUGGCUACAACCUGGUGAACUCUCCCCACCUGCGACCAGCCUGGGUCUUAGAUAGAGCUCUCUGGCAUUUAACCACCAGAGUAGCAGAGGGACGCUACAAAGCUAAAGGACUUCCUGCUGAUAUUACCAAUGAGAGCCAUCUGAAUGCCAUCCGAAGUGUGUUGUGGCAGGAUAUUUUUCCUCAGAUCAAACUGUGGGAAUUCUACCAGGUCAAAGUGGAUGUUGCUGUGGAGCAGUUCAGAACCCUUCUACAAAAUGGCACCAAGCCAGACCACAGUAAGACUGGGGGGAAGAAGAGCCUGAAGAUCAUUCAGGACCCAAAGUACCGUCGUUACAGCAACACUGUGGACAUGGACUCUGCUCUGGAGACCUUUGUACCUCACAGCUUUUCCCCACAGCACAUUGAGGAGUGCUGUGGUUGGCUGAGACAGAAACUGAACGAGCUGAAUGAUGAACAGUACCACAUCAUUCACCAGCAUCAGGAGCAGGCUGCUAACUGUAUUGUGGGAAAUGUAGUGUACGAGCGUCUGGCAGACCACGGCCCCAAACUUGGUCCUGUCAGCAAGAAAAACCCCAUGGUUACCAGGUACUUCACCUUCCCAUAUCAGGACAUGACUCUGGACCAGGAGAUGCAACUGCUGGAUCAGCCAGAAAAGACGUGCCACUUCGUGGCUCACAACGGUUGGGUGAUGGGUGAUGAUCCACUGCGAAACUUUGCUGAGCCUGGCUCCAAUGUGUACCUGCGCCGGGAGCUGGUAUGCUGGGGUGACAGUGUCAAACUCCGCUAUGGCAAUGGGCCUGAGGACUGCCCAUACCUGUGGGCUCACAUGAAGAAAUAUACUGAAAUCACAGCCAAAUAUUUCCAUGGAGUCAGACUGGACAACUGCCACUCGACACCAUUACAUGUAGCUGAGGCAAUGUUAGAUGCAGCCAGAGCGGUCAGACCCAAUCUGUAUGUGAUAGCUGAGCUGUUUACAGGCAGCGAGCUCAUUGACAAUGUGUUUGUUAACCGGCUGGGAAUUAGCAGCCUUAUACGAGAGGCCAUGUCAGCUGGUGACAGCCAUGAAGAGGGACGGCUGGUCUAUCGUUACGGAGGUGAGCCAGUUGGAGCUUUUGUUCAGCCCAGUCUGCGGCCACUGAUGCCCUCCAUCGCCCAUGCCAUGUUUCUUGAUGUAACUCAUGACAAUGAGUGUCCUAUACAGUUACGUUCAGCACUGGACUCCCUCCCCAGCUCUGCAAUAGUGUCUAUGGCCUGCUGUGCCACUGGUUCCACCAGAGGAUAUGAUGAAUUAGUGCCACAUCAGAUCUCUGUGGUGAAAGAGGAGCGUUUUUACCCCAAGUGGAACCCCUCAGCAUCCCCCACCUCCACUGGUGAGGUUGGAUUCAGGACUGGCAUCAUAGCUGGAAAACUGGCCCUCAACAAGCUGCACCAUGAACUGGCUGCCCAGGGAUUCAUACAGGUGUAUGUAGACCAGGUUGAUGCAGAUAUUGUUGCAAUUACGCGACACUGUCCCAGCACACACCAGUCUGUGGUGGCAGUGUGCAGGACAGCCUUCUGGAAUCCCAAAACCCACCAGUACGACACCAAAGUCCCACCCAUGUUCAUACCUGGGAAGAUAGAGGAAGUGGUGCUGGAGGCAAGGACAGUGGAAAGGCAUGCUGGGAGUUAUAAGAAGGAUGGUGGCUACAUCAAUGGCAUGCUAGAAUACACUGUAGAAAUAAAGGAGCAUAUAUCGUUGCAGGAGAGCACAGUGGUGAAGCAAGCUGGAGUUACAUCUAAAGGAAGAUCAGAGUUUGUGCAGGAAAUCAUCUUUCAGAAGUUGACACCUGGCAGCGUCAUCGCCUUCAGGGUUAGUUUGGACCCCAAGGCCCAGAAGUUGGCAGGGGUGUUGAGGUAUUACCUUUCACAGUUCAGCCCAAAGUACAGGAAAGGCAGUGUGGCAGAUGACAACCCACCCGAAGCACUGCAGAAACCCUUGGCACAGCUGAUGUCUAAGCUGACGUUAGCAGACAUGAAUGUCCUGCUGUUCCGCUGCGACUCAGAAGAACAAGAAGAUGGUGGAGGCUGUUACAGUAUCCCAGGAUGGGAGAGCCUCAAAUAUGCUGGACUGCAAGGUCUGAUGGCAGUGCUGGCUGAUAUCCGUCCCAACAAUGACCUGGGCCACCCCGUGUGUGCUAACCUCAGACAAGGGGACUGGCUGAUGGACUUUGUCUCCAACAGACUGAUACACAGAGAGGGACCACUGGCACAGGUGGGUCAGUGGUUGGGAGCCAUGUUUAACUACUUGAAACACAUGCCACGCUACCUCAUCCCAUGUUACUUUGAUGCCAUUAUGGUGUCAACCUACACCACAGCCCUGGACGCAACUCACAAACUCAUGUCCAGUUUCAUCCAGAACGGCUCCAGCUUUGUUCGUUACCUGGCGCUGGGUUCAGUUCAGAUGUGUGGUGUGGGACGCUUCCCUGCCCUCCCUCCCCUUUCUACAAAAAUUGAGGACGUUCCCUACCGCAUCAGUCCAAUCACAGGCCAGAAGGAGCAGUGCUGUGUCUCACUGGCUGCAGGUCUCCCUCAUUUCUCCUCUGGGAUUUUCCGUUGUUGGGGCAGAGACACUUUCAUUGCUCUGAGAGGACUGAUGCUGCUCACUGGGAGACACACCGAGGCCCGUAACAUCAUCCUGGCCUUUGCGGGAACGCUGCGUCAUGGUCUGAUUCCCAACCUGCUUGGUGAGGGUCGCUGUGCCAGAUACAACUGCCGUGAUGCCGUGUGGUGGUGGCUGCAGUGCAUCCAGGACUACGUUACCCACGUUCCUCAAGGGCAUGAAAUCCUUCACUGCCCUGUCACACGCAUGUACCCUACUGAUGACUGUGAACCCCAGACACCUGGAGAGGUGGAGCAGCCUCUGUAUGAUGUGAUCCAGGAGACUCUGCAGCGCCAUCUAGAGGGAAUUUCCUUCAGAGAGAGAAACGCUGGGCCCAAGAUAGACAUGAACAUGAGAGAUGAAGGGUUCAACGUGUUUGCUAAGGUGGAUCCAGCCACAGGCUUUGUGACUGGAGGAAACCGCUUUAACUGUGGUACAUGGAUGGACAAAAUGGGAGAGAGUGAAAGAGCGAGGAACAAAGGCAUGCCUGCUACUCCAAGAGAUGGAGCAGCAGUAGAGAUAGUGGGUCUCAGUAAGUCAGCUGUUCGCUGGGUUAUGGAGCUCCACGCCCAAGAACUGUUCCCAUAUGACGGAGCCAAAGUACACCGAAAUGGUAAAGAAAUGUUUAUCUCAUACUCCCAGUGGAACCAGCAGCUCCAGCAGUCCUUUGAAGCAGGUUUCUGGGUGUCUGGCGACCCCAAUGACCCCAAUGAGCAGCGCCCUGAUCUGGUGCACAAAAAAGGCAUCUAUAAGGACAGCUAUGGAGCCUCCAGCCCCUGGUGUGACUACCAGCUGAGACCCAACUUCACUAUUGCCAUGGUGGUGGCUCCAGAGCUCUUUACAGUGGAAAGAGCCUGGGAGGCUCUGGAGGUCGCUGAGAAAAAACUACUGGGACCACUGGGAAUGAAGACACUUGACCCUGAUGACAUGGUGUACUGUGGUGUCUAUGACAACUCUCUGGACAACGACAGCUACAACCUGGCAAAAGGCUUCAACUAUCACCAAGGACCAGAGUGGCUGUGGCCAGUAGGCUACUUCCUGCGUGCUAAGCUCUACUUUGCUAAGAAGCUGGGAGAAGAAAGCUACGCAAAGGCGGUCACCCUGGUGAAAAAUGUUCUCUCUCGACAUUAUACCCACCUGGAGAGGUCUCCAUGGAAAGGUCUGCCAGAGCUGACCAAUGAGAAUGGCCAGUACUGCCCAUUCAGCUGUGAGACCCAGGCCUGGUCUCUGGCCACUGUGCUGGAGACCCUUUAUGACCUGUAAAGCCCCGCUGAUGUCAUGCAGUCUGACCUCCUGAAGCAGGGGUUUGACUGAAGAGGAAGAAGAAGAAGAUGGUCAUGUUGAAACACAGACCUUACUUUGAGCAGAAACACACAGGAGCACCAAUACUUCCCACACUGAGCUGUCGGUCCAAAUGCACCAAACCACUUAGUCCACUGCUGGUGCUGUUUGAGUUUUCAGUGAUACAGAUUGGAUGAAAUCUGAUUGGAUUUUUUUUUAAAUGCUAAGCUUCAAUUUACAUUAAUUUAUAAUAAAUACAUGUCCAAAUGUCAGGUGGGAUUAACUGCACCACAGUUUUCCUUCCUGUGAGGCCCAGCAUGUUCAUCUGAACUGUGAAGCUCCUCUCAUUGAAAAUGAGCAGGAGCUCUGCAGCUCACUGCUCUGUGUGUGUUUGUACCCUUAGUUUGUAAAUGACAAGCAGACUUCUGUCAUUUACUGUGGGGUCUGUCACGGCAAUCGUGUCCUUUGAUAAAGUUUGUGGUGACAGCUCACAGAAACAACACAUUUCAUUUCACUUGGUUGUUUCUGGUGAUUUUAAAGGAAUAUUUCACCUGCAAAAUGACCAUUUGUAUUUCAAUUACUCACCACGUUACCUGGCAUUGGUGAAGAAAACUUUGAUUUUCUUGCAUGCCUCCACGGUGAACCGAGAAUCCAAAAACGGCCAACAUUUUUCAUAAAUUGAAGUAAAUGGGGACAUUUAAUCACAAAACUAUAGCAAAACAUCUGUUUACAAACUCUCACACAACUUGCCAGUAUAAUUCAAGUCUUUUUUUAUCCAGUCGUAUGGUCAGUACUUCCCAAACACGUGUUUUCACUAACACCUUCCUAUUUGAAACAAACAUUCACCUAUGAGUAGCACGCCCUAAGCUAGGCACGCUACUCGGCUGUGCCUGGGACUGUUUGUACUGACGUGUUUUAAAUCCUAAUGUGCAGGUGAAGUAUUCCUUUAACCUCAUUAACUGAUAACUCAUUUUAGUUGAUGUAGAAACCUCAUUUUUACCAUAUUUCCCCUGUGACAUAGUACAUGCUGCAUACUUCCAAGUUGAGCCAUUAUUUAAAACAAGUAGCAUUUCCUGAGCUGACAUGGUGUCCUUGUUCUUCAGUGUUCACUGUCAGUGCAGUGGUUAUACAUUUUUAAAGCAUUUAUGUCAACAAUACUGAACAAUCUGCUAAUCUUAAAGGGAGGGAUUUCUUCCUAAAAAGACAACUUUUUUUUUUUUCAGAAUGUAAAUCUUUGUUUUCUGUAUUCUGUCACCAAAAGUAAAAACUCCAUCAAUUCAGAAUCAUCUAGAAAUCUUACUUUAAACUGCUUGUUAGAAGUAAUUAUAAACUUACAUUUAAUCAGAUAAAAAAGUAGUCAGUUCAUGAAGUGGAAAUUGAUAGAUUUGCUGAAAACUUUCGGCAUGGGAUGGUUGGCAUAGUCAACCUCUGCAAAAACAGUAAAUAUUCUGUAAUAUUUUGAAUGGAUGCUAGAAACCAGAGUCCAGGCCUUUGCUGUUGAUAUGUACCUUCUAUCACUCAUUAAACACUGAAGAACUUUGACCCCACAGCCAGUAGUCCAACAAAAAAGGGAAGAACACACUUUUUUGCUGCCUGAGCAGGUGCUUUUAUUUAGCAUGAAUACAUGAACAGCAUUUUAUACUGAACCCAGAUACCAUGUCACUGUGUGCAUUCACACCCUCAGUCCUACCUCCAGCUUGUCACAGUCCAACCUAUCCCGACAUGUAACAAUUCAGCUCACCAUGAGGUGACCCAUUACAGCCAAAAUACUAGGGGCACAGACGCAGCGUGUCACAUAGGCGGAGCAGUGUUUUGUUUUUUUUACCUGCUGCACUGACUGUCUCUGUAGUGUCAGCUUCACGGUGUGUGUAUUGAGUUUGGCAAGUGAUAAUGCUGUUGAUUAUGAAGGGUUCAGAAGCAUAUAAGCUAUAUUAACUGGUACUGGAUUCAGUAACGGGAUCGUUGUAACAACAGGAUGUAUCAAUUUAUUUUAAUGUAAAAUGUAAAAACACACAGUGUUGCUCUGUUGCUUGGCAUUGCUUCUGGUAUAAUGAGGUAUUCAUUUUUAUCAUUUUUAAACAGACAGUUGUCAGUAGUUUUUACCUGUUGGAGGGCUGCAGAGCCAUGCAGAGAAAAAUAAAUAGACCAGCUGUGUAAAAUUAAUGUUGAGCAGUGCAGUGCCUGCCAAGCAAGUGCAGCUUCCGUGGUCAGUGUAGCAGCUUCAGUUGAUUAUAAUGGACGUGCUCUGGUAUGGACAUGCUGCUACAGCCAAACUGUGACUGCGUUGUGUGUAUUUUUAAAAUUACAAGCUGUAGCACCAGUGAUGUACCAGUUCUCCCAGUUGAUUAUAACUAUAGUUUAAAGGCCCAGGCUCCCAAUAUAGACCCUCCACCUGAUGCCUUUAUACACAUAUAAUGGUCUUCCAACUGUUCUCUGUGUCAAGACUUUACCCCCACCAGCCUUGUGAUGUAGUUAUACAUCAUUAUAUCAUUCACAUGUGUGUUAAUGUUCAAACACAGGUUUUGUGCAUGAAAACAGUUGUGUUCCUGUUGUGUGUCACCAUGCUGUAGAUCCCUGCUGCUGGCUUCCACUGUCUUCUGGCUGUACAUGUAACACAACACAUCAGUGUUUCACACUCACAAAGAAGGAAUGUGCUGAGCAAAAACUCAACAGGAGAUAUACAGUAUGAAGUAAUUGGUCCUGUAACAUGCUGUGAAAGCUCUGUAUGUGGAUGCUUAUCAGUGUCACUGCUGUUCAUUGUUGUAUCUUUAACCCUUGUGUUUUAAAGUCCUCCUGAGUCCAUCACAAGAUAUCAUCUAAUCUCCAGUCUAAAUGGACUCACUACAUUUGAAACCCUCACUCUGUGUGGUAGCUGUCAGUGUUUGGAAGAGUGCCACCUGAUACACAAUCAUCCUAUUUCAGUGUGUAAGAUGUUCACACUUUCUCUGUACCUGUAAAGUCUACUAACAUAAAACACUGAAGCUGAGCUACUGUUUCUUUGUUGAAGAGUAAAAUUAUUGGUCUAAAAACAAGGGAUUAUAUUCAUUAAGCUAAUAAAACUAACCAAAAUAAA